UUCAGUGAAUCUUAAAAUGUCAGAUUCACUGCGUACUUUGUCAACACCAGUAGUUGAUUUUGAGGAAAUCGAUGAGGAUGAUCGUUUCACUGAAGAAACUCCGCUUACAGCGGCCUCAAGAGGUUUAGAAGAUGAUGAUAUUCUACCUUUUCAUUCAACGACUAAUAAUAAAAACAGUUCUUGGAUUACUUUCAAAACCCGACUCAGAUAUUAUGUUCCGGUCUUCAGCUGGCUACCAUCUUAUACAUUUCAAACUUUUUGGGGUGAUUUUGUCGCCUCGUUAACUGUCACGACUAUUCUAUUACCUUCAGGAUUAUCAUAUUCUGUAUUGGCAAAAUUACCGGCUGUUCACGGUUUAUAUAGUAUAGUAAUACCUGGAAUAGUUUAUGCCUUUCUUGGAACUUCGAGGCAAUUGGUUAUUGGUCCUGAAGCUUUAGUAUCCAUGCUUGUAGGUUCUUCGAUUGUGCAGCAACAAAAAUAUUUAGAGAAAUCUGAUCCUGAAACAGCUAUUAUAAUUGCUGGAUUGAUUACAUUUUUUGUGGGUAUCUUGACGCUCAUUAUAGGAAUAUUCAGACUGGGUUUUAUCGAUUCUGUAUUAUCUCGCGCUCUUUUAAGAGGAUUCAUCUCAGCUGUGGCAAUCGUGAUCAUAAUUGAACAAGGUUUAACGAUGACUAUGUUAACGGAACAGGCAAUCAGAGAUGGUGUUGGUCAUGCCGCUUCAACAGUAGAAAAAUUCAUUUAUAUAAUUACCCAUUUUGGUGAAGCCCAUAGACUUACGACUUUAGUUUCAUUCUCUAGUUUUAUUUUUCUUCUGAUAGGUGCUGCUCUCAAAUCAAGGUAUUCAAGGCGAUAUCCUUGGGUUCAAUUUAUUCCUGAAAUUUUAAUAUGUGUGAUUAUUUUUACUAUUUUAUGUGCUAUUUUCAAAUGGGAUGAGGAUGGUGUCCUUAUACUUGGUCAUAUUCAAGGCGGUGGUUUUCCUUCUUUCCAAAUUCCUACACCACCACAUAAGAUACAUAUACUGGAUUGUUUCCAAACUGCUGUUUUGAUUUCAAUUGUUGGGUUUGUAGAAUCGAUUGUGGUUAAUUUAAUAUGUAGUUUUUUCCAAGGUUUUCCUGCAUAUGGUGGUAUGGCGAGGAGUAGCAUAAAUGAUAGAGCUGGUGCUAAAACACAAUUUUCUGGAUUGAUAACUUGUAUAUUUGUACUUGUUUGUCUGUUUUUCCUCCUUCCUUUAUUUUAUUAUCUGCCCAAAUCGGUUUUGGCGUCAAUUAUUAGUUUUGCAGCGUUAACAUUAAUGCAUGAGCUUCCUGAUGACUUGCAUUUCAUGUAUAAAAUCAGAGCAUGGAAUGAUUUUGGUUUAUUAUUUUUGACUUUCUUUAUUACAAUUUUUGUUUCAAUCGAAUACGGCACAUUGAUAUCAGUUGCAUUGUCUUUGGUGCUUGUGGUUAAGCAUACCACUUAUCCACGUAUUGCCAUAUUGGGUCGUAUUGGUAAUACCAACAAAUUUAAACCGAUCAAGGACUUUCCUGAUUCUGCUGAGCACGUAGAAGGUGUACUUGUUAUUCGAAUAUCAGAGCCUUUGUAUUUUGCUAACACUGGUCAAUUAAAAGAUCGAUUAAGACGAUUAGAAGCGUUUGGUGAUAUGAGUGUUCAUCCUUCUGAAGAGGCGCGAUUGUCACCAAUUGAAAACGUAAUUUUUGAUAUAGAAAUUAUGGAAGAUUUAGACGCUAGUGCUGCACAAAUUCUCGUAGAAAUAGUAGAAGCUUAUCACAGCCGUAAUGUCCAUGUUUUCUUUGUAAAACUACGUGAAAACCAAAAGAGACUUUUCGUUCUAUCAGGAUUAUGGAAUAAAGUAGGGGAAGACCAUUUCUUCGGGCAAAUUUCUGAUGCAUUAGAUUAUAUUAAUAGGAAAGG